GCGCUUUACGUCUCCUUACGUCGCGUUGCGUCGCGUCGCUUCGCGUCGGUGCCGCGCGGGAGGGAGCGGGCCAAGAUGGCGGCGGGGCCCAUCUCGGAGCGGAACCAGGAUGCGACUGUGUACGUGGGGGGUUUGGACGAGAAGGUCAGCGAGCCGCUGCUAUGGGAGCUCUUCCUCCAGGCAGGCCCCGUGGUCAACACCCACAUGCCCAAGGAUCGAGUCACAGGCCAACACCAGGGCUAUGGGUUCGUGGAGUUCCUCAGCGAGGAGGACGCAGAUUACGCCAUUAAAAUCAUGAACAUGAUCAAAUUGUAUGGGAAGCCGAUCCGAGUGAACAAAGCCUCAGCUCACAACAAGAACCUGGAUGUGGGGGCCAACAUCUUCAUAGGCAACCUGGACCCCGAAAUCGACGAGAAGCUGCUGUACGACACCUUCAGCGCCUUUGGGGUCAUCUUGCAGACACCCAAGAUCAUGCGGGACCCGGACACGGGCAAUUCCAAGGGUUAUGCCUUCAUCAACUUCGCCAGCUUUGAUGCUUCUGACGCUGCUAUCGAGGCCAUGAAUGGACAAUACCUCUGCAACAGGCCCAUCACUGUCUCCUAUGCCUUCAAGAAGGAUUCCAAAGGCGAGCGGCACGGCUCAGCUGCUGAGCGGCUCCUGGCAGCUCAGAAUCCACUCUCUCAGGCUGAUCGGCCCCACCAGCUGUUUGCCGAUGCUCCUCCUCCUCCAUCUGUCCCCACCCCUGUGGUCACUGCUCUGGGACCUGGCGUCACCCCUCCAGGCCUCCCACCUCCAGGAUCAUUUCCCCCGCCGGUGCCACCUCCUGGAGCAAUGCCUCCUGGCAUGCCUCCCGCCAUGCCACCCCCACCAAUGCCACCUGGAGCCGGUGCCCCCGGCCCCCCAACUGGGGCUGCACCCACCGGAGGGCACCCACCUCACCCACACGCCUUCCCCCCAGGUGGCAUGCACCACCCAGGAAUGCCUCCCAUGCAGGUGCACCACGGCCCUCCCGGGAUGGGCCAGCACCACCCAGGACCACCGGGCUCUGGAGGCCAGCCCCCUCCUCGGCCCCCACCCGGCAUGCCGCACCCCGGCCCCCCCCCCAUGGGUAUGCCACCCAGAGGGCCUCAUUUCGGAUCACCUAUGGGUAAGUCGGUGGCUGCGAGGGGCAGCACGUGGGUUUUCAGGCAGUCAGACCCUUGGUCGAGUUCAGUGCCUCCUUCAGCCCCGCACCCUUCCUUCAUAGGGCUGGGAAGGAGGUGGUGCGCGGUCUCUUCAGAGCAGGACCUGGCGGCUCUGCGCUGCCUGCUGGGGUUUCCCAGGGCUUUUUUGGUGUUUCUGGGGAUGUAGGGCGUUGCCUGCAGG